AUGGCUGCCCCCAAGCGAGAAGAACUGAAGAAUCUCCGGGACUCUUUCCGGGCCAAGAAGCAAGCAUGUUUCAUCUUGGGUGCCUCGGGUGAGACUGGGAAGGAACUGCUGGCUAAAAUCCUGAGGCAGCAACUGUUCUCCAAGGUGACGCUCAUCGGCCGGAGAAAGCUGGAUUUGGAAGGGCCAUUCUACAGCAACGUGAGGCAAGAAGUUGUUGACUUUGCGAAACUGGACGAGUCUGCUGCUGCCUUCCAAGGCCAUGACGUUGGAUUCUGCUGCCUGGGAACGACCAGGGCCAAAGAUGGAGUGGACGGACUGGCACGCGUCGACAGAGAUUAUGUUCACCAUUCAGCAGAACUUGCAAAAGCUGGUGGAUGUCGUCACUUUGUCUUACUGUCAAGCGCGUGUGCAAAUGCUUCCAGCCCCUUCCUCCUCAUGCGGCUUAAGAGUGAAGCAGAGUCCCUGGUCAAAGCAGUUGGGUUUGACCGCUGCUCCAUAUUUAGACCAGGGCUGCUGCUGUGCGAUCGUCAGGAGUCUCGCCCUGCUGAGUGGAUAGCCAGGCAAGUUUUCGGAGCAGUAGCCUACAUCUUCCCCACCUUUUACUCUGUCCCCACAGUGACUGUGGCCUGCGCAAUGGUGAACAAUGUAGUAAUGCCUGGACCUGCUAACCAGAAGGUGGAAGUCCUGGAGAAUGCAGACAUACAUGUCCUAGGAAACAUUCAAUAG